AACAAAACAAACGGUAAGAGUCCACCCAGUUACUGGAAGUGCGUCAUACAACAUCCGCCUUUGUUAAAAAAAAUUGGCGGCUGUACCCGGGUUGGGUCGGGUCGUAGCGGGAUGUUGUUUAUGUUAUUAUCACGAGUUUAAUGAUUAAUUUAACUGAUUAGAAAGUACGUAUGGAUUCAACACUAGCCUUUAAACCACAUUAAUAUUUAAACCUAACUCGACCGUGAUCGUGUUUAAAACUACGGACCACAACUCACCUAUAAGGGAGAAUGGCGAGCCCGGCGUGUGUCCAGAGGAGUCCGGGGAGAUACCUCUGGUGUUCCCUUCUUAGUCUGGGCUUCACCCCCGAGGCCGAGAUCUCCAACCUGGUGGGCAAGACCAACGUCAAGUACAUCAACCUGGGAGUGCACAUGUUUGACAAACCCAACAAAGACGCCUUUUACAUUGUGGUCCAUUUCCUGUUGUAUAAACUGGACCCCACUCGCUUCAGUGAGGCGUACAGGUACUGCUGGCCUGUGUUUGACCGCAAAGCAGACACUGAGUUCAGGAAAAUCACACUCGCCUGGCUUAAAGACAUCGAUGAGAACAGCAGAUCUGCCCCUAAAGUCUUGGCGUCUCUGUUCCUGUCCCCGGGGGGGCCCAAGUUUAUUGCGGUGAUGCUUCACCUGGCAAAGCAUGUCAUGCUGCAGGAGAUGAAAACAUUUACCACUGAUGGCCGGUGGGCCCCUGAGGAAGCCGCCGUGCCCGCCUCCACCAUGGACAUCGCCAUGAAGAGACUGAGGCUGACCAAAGCCAGGCUCCUCCAGUCGGCCCAGGCCCAGGACCGCCUGCUGCAGGAGGACCGGAGACGCGCCCAGACCCUGGGUCCGUCCAUUCAGGACAUCCGGGCAGAGGGAGCCAAGUAUGACAAUCUGCUCAAACGUCAAGAAGAUGAUUCGUUCAUGGAAGGGGAGGCUUCGGCUCAAAAGCUCCUCAAGGUGCGCUCCCUGUGGGCGGCCAUCGACGACAUGCUGUCGGCGCUCCGGGAGGAGCAGCAGGGGGUGGCCUGCGUGCUGAAGCCCGACGCGGACCAGUACGUCCUGGACGGGGCCACCCUUUCCCUCCGAAUCCCCCGGUUGCUCCUCGAGAAGAUCGAGCAGCUCCCGCAGCAGCUGAGCUCGGGCAACGUGUACGAGGCGGGCCAGCUGAACCCGCUGAGCGCGCUGGAGCUGCUGAACCACGCCCUGCUGCUGCUCCGAGAGGAGAGGGGUGUGGUGGCAGGCCCCGCCCCCCUGGCCCUGCUCCGCCUCCAGGAGCUGCAGACCAAGAGCGGGCAGGUUGGCCGCGUGCUGGAGGAGCUCAAGGUCCUCAGACAGAAGAUCUCCAAGGAGGAGAUCCCAGAGGUUCGGAACGCCUCCCGGAGGUUGGAGCUGGCCUGGGAGCGGCGGUGGAGAGACGCCCUACAGGACAAACCGCUGGCCUCCUUCCUCUCAGACGAUCCUGCGCUGUGCUUCCUCUCCCCCAUGGCCCCGCUGUCCUUCGCCCCGGCGGCGGCCAGCUCCAGGGUGUUCUCCCGCUACGCUGCCGAGCUGCCCGCAGAGUCCCCCCACGAAGAGGAGCCGGCCCGGGGCGACUCCCAGGGGGAGUCUGGCGACAGCAGUCCUGAGUUGAGCAGGCAGAAGAUCUCCAAGGAGGAGAUCCAAGAGGUCCAGAGCGCUCGCCGGAGCAGGGGCUCCGUCCGCCCGGCCCCCCUCGUGAGGGUCGAGAGCCCUGGAGCCGUCGCCCCGUCCUACUGUCCCAACUCGUCACUCGCAGAUCUGCUACACACUCUCUCCUCUCCCCCCAGGGCUCGCUCCCCCAGCCCAGCGCCACCAGGGCGACAGGCAGAAGAUCUCCAAGGAGGAGAUCCAAGAGGUCCAGAGCGCUCGGCGGAGCAGGCCAGGGACAGGAGGACCCUCUCCGGUGGUAAGGCGGCUCCCACCAGGAACAAGGCCAAGAUAUUGGACUGGGAGUGUGACAACUUGGCGAGCCAGUUUGCGGAGGCCGUCACCGCGACCAGUCCCAUGGAGGGCAGGAGGAGGGGUUUGGCUCUGGGGGAUCUGCUCUGCAAUCUGGGGGCCGACCCCUUCUCUACCAGGAAGCAGCUGCACCGCACCCCCGAGAGCUUGAUUUCGGACGUGAAGAGUUCCUGGCGUAAGGCAGUCGAGGAAUGUAAAGUCCAAACCGGUUACAACCGGUCGCCCGCGUCCGACGGGGACGACAUCGCCGCGCAGCAGGCCCCGUGGGACCAGUCCUAUGGCACCCCCAGGGGGCCCCUGACCUUCUCGUUACACGCCACGCCCGGAGGAGCCACGCCCACUGCCGCCGACGCCUGCCUCACCCCCUGCCUCACCCCCUGCCUCACCCCCCAGCAGCAUCAUCCCGCCUGGGGCUCCCCUGACACAGAGGUCAUCCCCCACAUGGAGGGGUUCCCCCACUUGGAGGGCCUCCCGGACAUGGACUUGAUCCCCGACAUGGAGGGGUUCCCUGGAACAGUGUGUCCCCCCUACAGCGACGGCUCCCCUGACACGGAGGGCUCCCCUGACACGGAGGGCUCCCCUGACACGGAGGGCUCCCCCGCCACGGAGGGCUCCCCCGCCACGGAGGGACCCCACGGCGUGAGCCGUAGCGGCAGCGCGCUUCACUCCGGCUCCGCCCUGUGGAGGAACUCCCGGGGGUCGCCCCCGGCCUGGGGCUUCCCCGACACGGAGGGGUACCCCCACCUGGGCGGCGGUGAAGUCCCCUACAGCCUGCUCGACGAGACGCUGCCGGACAUGGCGGGCAGCGACGAGGACGAGGACGGAGACGGGGACCUGCUCCUCCUGUCGCCCCCGGCGACCGGCCGGCCCACCUCCCUCCUGGACCUCAGCAACGACGAGGCGUCCUACCUGGGGACGGGGACGGGGACGCCGCUCUGCCCCUCGGCCCGGGGGGCGGCCCCCACCCCGGCGUCGGACUCGGUCCUCCUGCUGGAUCUGGAGGCGCUGGACAGCCUGACCCCGCCCCGACGGGAGCACAGCCUGCCCCAGCUGGUGACCUUCUCCCCCAUGGAUGACCUCUAGUGGGGGGAGGACCACUGAAGACGUUGGAUGUCUUCGUCUUAACUGUCUUAAUUGUGCCAUCUGCAGCAGAUGCAUCGCUUUGUGUAUAUAGAUGUAUAACUAACAUGUCUUUAGGACGUUUAAUUAUUAUUUAAAAUGGAAGGGAGGUAUGAACCACUUGAAGUUCUUUGCUUCGCAUUGCUUAAUUGUUUAAAUUCUGGCUCACCUGCAGAAUUUAAAUAGAUUCAUUUUUAAUACAUAGGCUUGGUAUUGAUACUAGAGUGAUAACAUGAGCUUAGUGACAUUGGCUGUUGUAACGCAUUAGCUUCUGUACGUCUUGUUUCACGUUUAAUAAAUAAACUUCUUGAGUAGCCUUUUGGUGGCUGAUAUUGUAAAUGGUGUCUUUAACGCAUCUGAUUGCCAAACUAAAAUCCAUUUUUGUCAUUAGUCCCACUCAACCUGCUAUGUGCUGAUGAAUAGCAGAUCUGCUGA